AUGGGACAGUCCGGGUAUGGGUUAGUGGUGGGGAGAGGGCCGACAUCGGGGAUGGCGGAGGGGGAACUGCAUUGGGAGAUGCUUAAGGGGAAUGGUGGUGCGACUUCAGCCGAAACCGGAGGGGGAGGGAAUGAUGGGUUUGGUUGGAGCUGUUGGGGAGAUAGUGUCGGUGGCGGGUAA